CUGCCGCAACUUGCCGCACCCUAACGCACCACUGCCGCACCCAUCCCAAAUCAUGAGUACUACACUUAUUUUCAGCCUGCGCUGUUCUCGUGCACCAAAUAAAUGAACUAGGAGUGUUUCUCGUCCGACUCCUCAAUUAUCCACUUCACACUAAUGCAUCUGAGAGGCUGAAUUCAGAGAACAAUUUUGAGCAUGUUGCGGCACGGAUGCGGUACUGGGUGCGGCAGCUUCCAAUCAAGCACCCACCUCGCAACGGCCUGUCUCCCUUGACAGGCGCCCUCUGACUGCAAUAUCAUAUAGGCUUACCAUGUGCACGUCACACCACCCCUCAAUGGCACAGCCACUAAUAUCGAGGGAUGCGCAUCGAUCUUUGCAGUAUCACGUGCAGCUCCUGCAGUGUCAAGACCUUGCGACGUUCAAGUCUAUCUCAUCCUCUCUCGUUCGCGACUACCCCAAGGCUGAGGACUGGUUGAACUGGUGGAUGGCAGAUGGGCGUGCCGAAAUGUUGUUCACUCCCUUUCGGCGCAUGCCAGAUAAUCUCUGGUAUAAUCUCGAGGACACCACCAACGCGGAGGAGGCAAUGCAUUGGCGGAUAUACUGUGGCCUUGGCAAGUUUCAUAGCUUCGUGGCUGGAUUACAUGCACUGCGGGCAUUUUCUGAGUAUUGGCAGCUGCAAUUGGCUGGUAAUUCUUCUGGGAUUCCUCUUUUCUAUGGAAAUAUGCGGCAGUUUUGGCAGAAAUGGAAAGCCGAGCUUGGCACUACGCAUCCUUCUCGUGCACCAGACAAGAUCGCAGCCAAAAAACGAACUCGAAAUGAUGGUCGCCCCCCUGAUACAGCUCGUCAAUUACUUGGCAAUCACUCUACCAAUGGAGAGGCCCUACAUGACACAUCAUUGUCUCCGACGAAACGACCCCGCCUACUAAAUGACAUCAAACGAGCUUCCUAUAAGUGGUCUAACAACUCAUGUUGGCUUGAUACUUCACUCGAACUUCUUUUUGCUGCUGCCUCACGAGAUUUCGAGACAUCAUUCAGCCCCCGAAUGUCAGAGUUAACUGAUGACGACUCGCUUUCACUCCUCAGUCGUGCCCUCAAUGCUCGCGCUGUGGUGCAAGGCCCCGAUCCCUCAGCACCAGAUGAUAUUGUUGGUAUGUUGAUUGUGCAGCGUGAUAGUCUUAGAAAAGACCUCUCCGACAAGAAUAUAAUCUCGGACGUAGACUCUUUCGAACCAAUCUUUGUAUAUCGGCACUGGCAAAUUGUCCGCAAGCCUAGGACCGUCUUUCAUCACCAAUUGGGAAGAUCUAUGGCAGAGCAGUUUGACGGGGAUGCGAGCAAAUGGUUUCGACACUUAAUCCAGGUCAAGAAGCCACCCGAGAAAUCACAUUCCUGCUGGUGUGUAUUGGAUGGUGACGUGUUGUGCAAUGGGGCAGCCACUUGUCUCAAAUUUUGCUCACAUAUACCCGUCACGUUAAUAAUUGAAAAUGACGAUCAAGACAUCCAAGGGCAUGAUAACAACGGCUCAUCGUGGCACUUCCCGCAGACGAUUCGACCACUAGAUGGAAAGGCAGAGGAACGUCAAGGUGUUGUAUAUGAUAUUGUUGGGCGAGCAUUCUUUAGUCCGGGCACCAGUCAUUUCAUUGCUCGUUAUGCCACUCCCGACAAACACAUCUACGACUACGACGGGAUAAAGUUCGGUGGUUAUGCGACAGUGGAUAGGAAGGCAAAAAUAACCACCCACGUCGCAGGCACACAUCGCCUGAUAUCCCCACCCCCUCGAUUCAACACUUGCGCUGUGAUUUACCAUCUUCGUGGAGGGACCGAAGCUCAACGAUACUUUUCACGACACCAGAUGGCAUUAGCGCAGCAGACGUUGAACAUCGAGUUUGUCAACUCACAUAAUGGCAGCCAGUUGACUGAUAGCGAACUGUCAAUACCCCGGGAAAUUCAAUUGCAUGGUGAUAUUCUCCCAAUUCUGUCAGACGAGCGGUUCUGGGCCCUGGAUCAAACGAACUCGUCAAAAUAUGUGGACUAUGUAUCUCGCAAACCCACCGUGGAAAGUUCAUUGCCCCCCCCACCAAUUUCACAGCCAAGACCACUGAAACGCAAGCGGGUACAGUUGAAUAGCGAAGUGGCAAUUCAGUGUGAUAACUGCGAGCGCUGGUCUCACGUAGCUUGCCAGAGGGAUGGUCGGGCAAGUAACUUGACAAAAAAGCAGUCAUUUUACUGUGAUGCUCCUGACUGUGCGCCAUAUGGUGAUCGUGUAUCACUCUCGCAAAUUAGACGGCCUGAGCGGUGUGUCUCUUUAUUUGUUGCAUCGAGACUCACAAUGUUAUAUUGUUGGAAGGGGGCACUAGCACGCCAUGGCAAAUAUUGGUAUCCCGUCAGGAUAAAGUCAUGUCAACGUGUGUCUGGAAGUCUGAGGACAUCGUUCACCGUCAAAUGGUGGAGGCACUGUUCUUUCAAACUUGGUACCACACAACCUCCAGGUGAGGUUGGCGAGGGAGAUAUAGUUGAUGCUCUCUAUGGAGAUCGAAAACGUCGCCGCAUGAUCCGGCUCGGGAAGUGGACACACGCUCACGAAGUUCCCCAGCAUGAGGAUGUCGUUGCAAACUUUAGGAAUAUACCCUACAGCAUCAAUAUCGACGAAGCAUUGGCUCCUCACACUCAACUUCUUACAGAUAUUCUUGAGCAUCCAGAUCCCGUGAAGAUGCGCGACACAGUCCCAGUUCUUGGAUAUCUCGCCAACCUGUCAGAGAAAUCAGGUCGUAGGCACACUACAGUCCCAUAUUGUGGUGAUCUGUCACUCACGGACUGUGCCCAUAUUGCGAACUGGAUUUACCGACAUGUCCCUGGCGCAGCUAAACGAAUUAUUGAUUGGCUGAACUGUGCUACAUAUGCACAUGCUUGCACUAUCGUAGUUUCGAAGCGCAAGAAAGACUUACUCCAGGAGCCGGCCGAAAAUAUCCUCAUUGAACAAAACGCGAUGCUCCAGGCUGCCUGGCUUGACCUCCAACUCAGCUAUGAUCUGACCUCGAUGGAUAUAGACGUCGACUUGGAGUGUCUUGGCAUACUGGAACAGCGGAUGUUCGAGCUCUCGUUGGCUGCAGGAGCUGCAGGAAAUGAACAAUGGGGCAAAGAUGCUGGAGCACACCAAGAGCGAUGGAAUCCCUAUGAGGGCCUCCCUGAGCACUGGAAUCAUGGCGACCGAGAUUCAUACGCACCAGAAUUUGAAGGAGAAGUAGACGUGCGUCAUCAUCGCUUUUCAUCGCGGAUCAGUCUGACAUGGUUCGACUAAUAGUGUGGACCGAACUUUAGCGAGGGAAGUGAGCCUGACAUAGUUAAGAAAGAGAAACGCACCAAAAAAACCAAACCGCGGCCACGACCAAGGAAGAUACACAAGGCUUCAUAGGCUGGGGCCUCGUAGUAGUAGUUUGUACUCUGAAAGCCCCGGUAUCCGUU